AUGGCGCUAGCGACCUGGGCAGUGGCCCUUCUGAGACUUGUAUUGGCCUCGCGCGCCUUACGCCCUCAGCAGCAUCUCUGGCAGCUUGAGUCAGCGCCUGCGAUCGCACCGCCAGCGCGGAAGGCCGCAAAAGCGUCUAAGCUGGAAGUGAAGGCCGAUGUGCAGCCCAGAGGCCUGAUGAAGUCAUGGCUCAGCCACGAGCAAGCUGGUCUCCCGCCUUGCGACGAGCUGCCAGGGGACGGCAACCGCACGUUGGACUCGGCGCUCAACUUGAGCGCCUGCACUUGGCGUGCGAGUGGGGCGCAGGUGCUUCUGGGGGCGCCGCUGACCUUCCAAGGGGACUUGGUGCUCCAGGGCGAGCUGCAGAUCACAGGUGCUAAGGAGCUGGAUAGACCCUGCAUUACAGUGCUUGGGAACCUUACCCUCGUCGACGCGCGAGUCAGCUUCCUCAAUUGCAAGGAGCAGGUCCAGGUCUCGAACCUCGGAGGUGCCCUCUUCGUGCAGGAGGACCUGAGUGCCUUCAACAGCAGCAUCGCCUUCAAGAACUGCAGGGGAACAUCAGGUGGCGGCCUGCAUGCCAAAAGCUUCCUCCUAGAGCAGAGCAAGGCGGACUUCGACAACUGCACGGCGUCUAGCAUGAACGGCGGCGGCGGCGGCGCCUACAUCAAGGAGACCUUCCGCAUGAACGCCAACAGCUCCGCCAGCUUCCGCGGCUGCUCUGCAGAACUUGGCCGCGGCGGCGGCCUGCAUGCCGAAAGCUUCCUCCUAGAGCAGAGCAAGGCGGACUUCGACAACUGCACGGCGUCUGAAGUCAUGGGCGGCGGCGGCGGCGCCUACAUCAAGGAGACCUUCCGCAUGAACUUCAACAGCUCCGCCAGCUUCCGGGGCUGCUCUGCAGAACUUGGUGGCGGCCUGCAUGCCAAAAGCUUCCUCUUAGAGCAGAGCAAGGCGGACUUCGACAACUCCAUGGCGUCUGGCCUCUACACCGGCGGCGGCGGCGGCGCCCACAUCGUGGAGACCUUCCGCAUGAACAUAAACAGCUCCGCCAGCUUCCGGGGCUGCUCUGCAGAAAAUGGUGUCUUGGUGGCACGGAGCUCCAGGGGAAAGGUCUGGUGA